AUGUCGACGAUGACAUCGGACAAGAAGUCUUUCUUCAGCAAUCUGGAGAAGCUGGAUUGUUCCGAUGACGAAUCAGAAGGAGAGUUUGGCCGAUUGCUUGCGUCUUGUGUGAAGAAGCAAGAUGGGCUCGGUCGUUCAAGCGGCUCUUUCUCAGUCUCGGACCCCUCCUCACCUUUGCCUCAGUCAAGCUGCGUUAUCUUAGAUUCCCCUUCAGAUGGCUUGGUUCCACAACAAACGGCUGUCGUUGCUCAAGCUCCAGUUCCUACCACCGAGUCCGGAUUAACAAAGACAGUGCCGAGAGGGUCAAAGACCACAGGAACGAGUCCACCAGGCAAACGCAAGCGCGGGUCCUCGGCGAAGAUUCUCCCUGAGCAGCUGCAAAUCUUCAAGAGCCUUGUGUUCUUCUUCUUCCCCAACAGCGAUGUCUCUCCGCUGCGGCGGCUCCGCAUUCAAAGAGCACAGGAAUAUGGCGCGCUCUGGGAAAGGACUUGGGGGUAUAACAUCACGCAUGUCAUAGUUGACAAGGGCUUGAAGUUUGAAGAGAUCAUGAGGCAUCUGAAACUCGGAAGCUUUCCGUCGGAGAUCGCUUUAGUUGAUGAAUGCUAUCCGGCGGAAUGCAUUAAAUUCCGAUGCAUUCUCAGUCCAGGGCAAACAAGGUUCCAAGUGAACGGAGCACCAUGUCCGUCCAAACCUCAGGAGCCGAUUCAUCCUCCAGCCACUAUCGAAUCGUUACCCUUGAAGCCCUACGGGAAACAACAAGAGCAGACCCCAUUGCCCUCACAAGCCUUCGAAGUGCCUGAUAGUCCCCAUGCGCUGAAUCCGGGCCCGGAACGUGAGAGCGUACAACAAGUUCCCAAAGAGGCCAUCCCAGAAAGUUUUCUCCGUCGGGAACGCGACGCUUUGGAUGAGAUGAUUGAUGAGGCCAAGGCUACAAAACAUCUGCCUCUAGAUCCUUUCGAUGCAGCUGAUGAGGACGUCUCACCCGAAGAGUCCGACGACGAAACGUCUCAAGAGUCCGAGUCUGUUCCUGAGAGAAGAAAGAGGCGAAAGCCGUCUCUUGAUGGCAGUGCGGCAGUCCAAUCAGGGCAGGAUAAGUUUGUCUGCAUGCAAAAGCACGACUCGACUUCAAAAACAUCGAACCCAAAUGCAAGAACAAUCGAGAUACUUCAAGAGAUGCUUGACUAUUACACUCGCACUGGCGACCACUGGCGCUCAUUAGCGUAUCGCAAGGCCAUCAGCGCUCUCCGAAAUCAGUCGAAACGCGUAAUAACCAGGACACAAGCCCUCGCCAUACCAGGUAUUGGUUCACGGCUAGCUGAUAAAGUCGAGGAAAUCGUCUUUACGGACCGACUACGGCGGCUGGACAAUGCUAAUACUACUGCCGAAGAACGCCUACUCCAGGAGUUCAUGGGAGUCUACGGGGCCGGGCUUUCCCAUGCUUCCAGAUGGGUUGCUCAAGGCUUCAAGUCGUUGGAAGACCUCAAAACUAAGGCAACCCUGACACAAUCACAGAGAAUCGGUAUCGAGCGCUACUUUGACUUUUCCCAGCGUAUACCCAGGGACGAGGUCCGAGCUCAUGGGGAGUUUGUGCGCCGGGUUGUGCAGGAGGAAAAUCCUGAUAUGCAAGUCAUCAUCGGGGGCUCCUAUCGGCGUGGUGCAGCCGACUCUGGCGAUAUCGAUUUGCUGAUCACGAAACCCGAUGCAACAAUUAAGGAAAUCCGGACAUUUAUGCUGGACAUCAUAGUCCCAAAACUAUUCCAGCAGGGGUUUCUUCAGGUCGGUCUGGCCACUACGUCUCGAGAUGACGGAUCGAAAUGGCACGGCGCAUCAAAGUUGCCAAACAUCCAACUAUGGCGGCGAAUCGACCUCUUGUUUGUCCCUGGCUCAGAGCUUGGGGCGGCCUUGAUCUAUUUCACGGGAAACGACAUCUUCAACCGUAGCAUACGGCUCCUCGCGAGUAAAAAGUCUAUGCGACUGAACCAACGAGGACUCUAUGCGGAUGUCCUGCGCGGGCCCCAGCGGGCGAAAAUAAACACCGGGCGACUGCUGGAGAGUCAGGAUGAACGACGGAUUUUUGAGCUGUUAGGAGUUCCCUGGAGGCCGCCAGAGCAUCGCAUCUGCUAA